CCUAGGACGCUAUGAAGAUGCCGGUGGCUCGUGCUGAAAAAAGAAAAAUCGUCGAGGACGAACUAAACAUUUCCCUUGGAAUCCCGUCUCGUCGGCGGCCCCGCCUUGGGGCGGGUACUCCUGGUUCCUCCCUCUCCGGUCCUCCUCUCAGGAAGAACUACUCCCCACUCCCAGUUUCCUCUACACAUCGUAAUAGAUUAACUCCUGGUGGAGCGCCAGGGCGGAGCUCUCCUGCCACACCUACUUCUAGUGGGGGAUUCCUAGGGCGGAGUACAUCUGCCAAACCUACUCCAACUCCCCUAGCACCUCCUACAUCUUCUAGUUCUCAAUUCACAGAGUCAUCAUCAAUUCCUAAAACAACAUUCGCCACUCCUAUUUCUUCUUCCGCCACCCCAUCUCUUACCUCCGCCGCAAGUUUAACACCUUCUUCUCAACCUUCCCUCUCCUCCGGUUUAUCAUUCCCCCCGUUCUCCCUCUCCUCCGCCCCCUUUUCCGCCUCGACCCCUUUCUCUCCGCCUGAGCCCAGCCUGUCAUCCGACUCCUUGAAGAUGAAGAGUAAGGUUAGUGAGGUUGUGAGGAGUAGAGGAGUACAGGAGGAGAAGGAUGAGGAGAUACCUUCUCAUCUUACAAAUGAUAUUCCAGUUCUGAAGGUUCCCUCUGCUCUCCCCUCCUUCAAUUUCCAGCCCGCCCAACCCAUCUCAAGCAUGAAGUCCGCCCCUUCUCCUGUCUCUAGUGCAUCCAGCUCCUCACCCUCAAUAAUGUUUUCUUUUAAUAAACCAUCAAAUCCAUGCCAGGACUCUGUCAGCACCAAAGACGCUCCAUCCGUAGUUGUCAAAGACACUGUGAGCUCCAAAGACACCACCAUGGACAAAGUUAAUUCGAAAGACACUGUUAUCUCUAGUGAGACUUGUUUAGAAAUCUACUCGUUCAGAUCUCCAGUGGUUGUAACUAGGAAACAAGGUGUGGGUAGUGUUGGUGCUCACUACUCAUUCACAUCUCCGACCCAUGUCAAGUCUGUGUUGGCAUCCAGAAACUUGGGCGGAAACUUUAAAAGCGCGGCCAUGCCAGACGUGACAUACAAUUUUAAAACCAAAACUGGAGAGGGUAUAAGAGGAGUUGAGAAAGGGGGUUUACCAGAUAUAACUGCUAGUACAGGGUUUGCUCCGGCCAAAACUCUAAAGAUGGGAAGUGUCAUGGAUAUUCUAGGUAAGUUGAUAAAAUUAUAAAAUUAAAAGUAUUGA